UGCGUAAAAUCAACUAUGGAGGGCGCCAUUUAAAUCGAAGUCAGUCGCUAGAGGGCUCGGCCGUGGGAACGCUAGUCUGGUACUAUACUAUAUACUACUGGUAACAACUUCAGAACUUGCUUUUGCGCUUGAGAACGAGUGGAGAACCGUUUGUUGGCGUGGUUCGGUUUGGUGUUUUGCCACGGUUUGUGUCCGCUUUUGUUGUAAUGCUUGACGGCCCAAUAGUAACAGGGCCUAUAUGCAGAAUUUACCGUAGUGUACUGCAUCAUCCUGUGCAAAAUGAGCUUGUGAAGUUAGCGGCAGAGAGACAAGCCAUCUCAUGUUGAGAAUGGCAUUGUGGCAGACCAGAUUUUUCUGCACCUCAUUCCUGUUGAAGGCCCUUCCCUGGGCUACAAAAAGGACAUCCUUCGCUCACCGAAAUUCACAAGUCUCCCGUGGCUCCUGGUCCAGAUGGAGCCAGACCUUACGCACUAGUGUACCCGCCACGAACUCGGUGCACAAGACCUCUGCCAGCCAAACCCUAGACAAGGAAAGUCUGGCCAAGAAGCUUUUCCAUCAGCUUGUAGGAGGCCACAGGGCCGCCAUUGCUCAGUGCAUAACACUGGUGGAGUCCACUCACCAUGGAAAGCAGGCACAGGCCAGGGAACUCUUGGCGGAAAUUUUGGCGUACCUGAAGAAGAAGACAGCAGAGAAUGAUGGAAUUCCAACUUCGUUCCGAAUAGGAUUGACAGGACCACCUGGUGCAGGGAAGUCCACGUUUAUAGAAGCAUUCGGCAAGCAGUUGACUGAGGCAGGCCACAAGGUAGCAGUGCUGGCGGUGGACCCAUCCUCGUCCUACAGCGGAGGUUCCUUGCUGGGGGACAAGACAAGGAUGCCUGAGCUGACCCGAGACAUGAGUGCCUACAUCCGCGCCUCACCCACAGCUGGCACCCUAGGUGGGGUGGCACGUAACACCAACGAUGCCAUCGUCGUCUGUGAGGGUGCUGGCUUUAACAUCAUCCUGGUUGAAACUGUCGGUGUCGGUCAGUCGGAGUAUGCAGUUGCGGACAUGGUAGACAUGUUAGUGUUGUUGGUGCCUCCAGCAGGCGGUGAUGAACUGCAGGGUAUCAAGCGAGGCAUUGUGGAAAAAGUGGACCUCAUUCUAGUCAGCAAGGCCGAUGGGGAGCUCAAGGUGCCCAGCCGACGGGUCAAGGCCGAGUACACCAGCGCCCUCAAGAUCAUGCGCAAGAGGUCUCAGGUCUGGUCUCCCAAGGUCAUGCAGGUGUCGGCUCUUACCAAGACCGGCCUUACAGAGGCUUGGGAAACCAUGGAGGAGUACCACACCAUCAUGAUCAAGUCCAAGCUCUUCCUGCCCAAGCGAGCCCACCAACAUCGCACCUGGAUGUGGAACCACAUCCGUGACAACAUCCUGGACAUCUUCAGGUGCCACCCAGAGGUGCGGCCGGAGAUCCCCCAAAUGGAGGCGGAGGUCAGCCAGGGGAGGAUCACAGCAGGCAUGGCAGCUGACCUACUGCUGAGCAGGUUUAGAGCCAAGGCCACCGCACAUGACAAUGGAUUAUGAUGUCACUGAACUCUGCCCUUACGAACAUGUCCGGUUCCCAGAAGUUGCAAGGAGAAAUCAACACCGAUUUGAACAUUGCAUCACAGAUGCCUGGCUGUUAUAGUCAAGGGCAAGCUCCUCAAGACUUCCCUCCGGCCUUUGUGAUGUAGCCACAUGGCCUCAUAAUUUGCAAGUAAUUUUUACCCCUUAGCUGUAGAGGCUGCUGAAAAAAAUUUUUCCCAGUGGCAUGUCCUUUUGCCUAGGUAUCCCUUUUGCUCUCGAUGAACUUGAAUAAUCAGUGAUAAAUAUACGUCAAGAUCGUCACGUUUAAGAAUUCAGAAUUUCUAUUCUGUCUGUUAUGCAGUUUCAUUGGAGAAGAUGAACUUCAAUAUUCAAAACGAAAGAAAUAUCCAAAAACUUGUUUCUGUUCAUCAAGUCUCAUUCCAAAUUAUUUGCCAUAUUUUUUAAAUGUCUAGUUAUAAAGAGAAAUUGAAGGCAGAACAAUAAGUUUUCAUUGUUUCAGGUGUUAAGACCAGUAAUUUGAAUUCCAUAUGUACGGCAAGAGAUCAUUUUUUUCUGGGAAUGUGGGGAUCCCAUCCAUGAAAAUAUGAUUUUUCACACAUUAAAAAUGAGAAAAUCCCCCAGUCCAAGUCUUUGAAGGCUGCAGCUUCAAUUCUAACCCCUCCUAUUUAAAAACUAAAAGUCCCUGUUUCUUAGUGUCUACGACCAUCUGCUUAAGUGUUUCCGAGGGCAAAGGUUACCCAACAGUGUAGACAUUUUUCCUAACGUUUUACCUAAAAUGUAUCGCUCUUCUUAAGUAGUCUAAUUUGUAUAUAAUAAACACAUACAGUCAAAAAAAGA